AUGCGUGGAAAAACGGCACCACACCACCGGAUCCCAAACUGGCCAAAAGUCGUCAUGGACCCAUCCUGUAUCCUCGCUGUCCGAGUCGCCCACCGCAGAGCAGGCUGCUGGUCGGAUAAGAUGGCCCUAGGAACAGUUCGUUUCCUGCGCUGGAGCAUGGAUUUCGUCACUGGGUAUCGACCCACGAGCGGCACUUUAUCCAAAAACCACAUCAUGACAGAAGAGAAGUGGAUCACCCGGUUCAUCUUCCUUGAAAGUGUCGCCGGUGUGCCCGGGAUGGUAGCAGGAAUGCUCCGACACCUGAAAAGCAUUCGGAAAAUGCGCAGAGACCACGGCUGGAUCGAAACUCUUCUAGAAGAAGCCUACAACGAACGCAUGCACCUCCUCACCUUCCUCAAGCUCGCCGAGCCCGGCCUCCUGAUGCGGUUCAUGGUCCUCGGCGCCCAAUGCGUGUUCUUCAGCGGCUUCUCACUUGCAUACCUGGUCUCGCCGCAGAUCUGCCACCGCUUCGUCGGAUACCUCGAAGAAGAGGCUGUCAUCACAUACUCCAAGGCUAUUGCCGAUAUCGAGAACGGAUUUCUCCCGCGCUGGACACACUUGAAGGCUCCUGAUAUGGCUGUCAAGUACUGGCAGAUGCCCGAGGGCCAUCGGAACAUGCACUCUUUGUUGUUGUAUGUGCGCGCGGACGAGGCCAAGCACCGCGAUGUCAAUCACACUUUAGGGAACUUGGAUCAGAAUAAGGAUCCGAAUCCUUUCUCGGCUAAGUUUAGGGUGCAGGUUCAGAAUGCUCUUCCGUCGCCAGGUGCAACAUUGCAAUCCAGAAGCAAUGCAUAG